AUGGACACGACGACGGGCCCCGACGGGCCGGCAUGGUACUUUGGGUAUGGAGCCAACAUGGCUGCGUCAGUCUUCAUCGAGAGGCGCAAAAUCCGACCGCUGCGCACUGAAGUGGCUUACAUCCCGUCUCACGCACUGUGCUUCAAUGUACUCGGCAUACCUUACGUCGACCCUGGCAACGGCGGAAUACGGCCCCUUUGUCCGGAAACCACCGACCCAACGGCUUGCGUGCAUGGAGUUGCUUACCUCCUUACCCCGGAGGAUCUCAAAAAAGUGGUAUUGAGCGAAGGCGGAGGAAUCGCAUACAACGUGGUCAAGCUAAAUGCGAAGCUACUGCAGGACGGGUCGACUAUCCAGGUGAAUACCCUGAUGGGCAGACAUAAUGUCGCUGCUCAGAGCGAGCGACUUCCGUCGACGCGGUACAUUGUAAGCACUCUCCCUGCCCCAUCCUCUCUCCGUGCUUUCGGGACAUCGUUUGAACUUGUCCAACUAAUGGAGCGGGUAUUCGUUUCUCGAUUCUCCAACAGGGCGUUUUGA